CAAUCACAUGUCUUGGAACCCAUCCGGUCACGCGACGUGACACGUCGUGAGGGUGAUUUUUUGCGCCGACUCGUACCCUCCUCCUCCAUCCGGUCCCCUCACUCUCGUCCACUAUGGCGCUCGCCGACAUCCUUCUUGCCUAUGUCCCCGCCGGCAUCCCCGAGCAUCUCACGUCUUAUGUCCAUGCAAAGACCCCCAUGUCGACGACGCCCGCGGUCGUCGCGGCGCUGACCUCGUAUCUCGCCAUUAUCUUCGGAAUUCAGGCCGUUAUGAAAAAUCAGCAGCCUCUCAAGCUCAAUACGCUCUUCCGCAUCCACAAUGUCUUCCUCAGCUCGGGGAGCUUGUUGCUGUUGGUGCUCAUGGUUGAGGAAGUUGCGCCCAUCGUGUGGAAGCACGGACUCUUCUACAGUAUUUGUAACGAGGGUGCUUGGACGCCGCGUCUUGAAUUCUACUAUAUGAUCAACUACUACUUUAAAUACAUCGAGUUGCUCGACACGGUAUUCCUGGCGCUCAAGAAGAAGCCUCUGCAAUUCCUGCACGUCUUCCAUCACUCCGCCACCGCUCUCCUCACCUACUCGCAGCUGGAAGGGAAGACCAGUAUCUCAUGGGUUGUCAUCUCACUUAACCUCGCGGUUCAUGUCCUUAUGUACUACUACUACUGGGCUUCGGCGGGCGGCGCCAAGAUCUGGUGGAAGAAGCAUCUCACCACCAUGCAAAUCGUUCAAUUUAUCAUCGACUUGCACUUUGUGUACUUCGGGACGUAUUCGCAUUUCACCUACUCUUACUGGCCGAACUUGCCUAAUAUGGGUAACUGUGCUGGGGCGGAGUCUGCGGCACUUUUCGGUUGUGGGUUGCUUACAAGCUACCUCUUCCUCUUCAUCGACUUCUACUUCCGGACGUACAAGAAGUCCCAACAGCAGAAGGGCAAGGCUGCUGCCAACGGCAAGGCGAACGGUACUGCCAACGGUAAGGCGCAGUAAUACGAAGCGGCUGACGACUAUGGAGAUGCGGCGGGGUCGGCAACUGCGGCGAAAAGUCAUGCACUCACACUCCUUUUGGUACCCGCAUAUUACAGGCUCAUCACCUUUCAUAAUACAAUACCACCUGGCGAGGGUCCGGAGAUGCUCGUAGCUUGUGAUGAUCAGUAUACCAAUCCAGGAUGCCCUUAUGAGUUGAGAUGUCGAUUCUCGACCGGCUGGCU